UUAUAUCAAGACAUGUUUUCAGAUCUACAAGGUUUUUAAAUGAACAAACUAAACUGUGUUCGAAUCCGGAGAUUGCAAUGAGAAUUCUCCUUUUGUGAUUUAUCAAAUCAUUGAAUCAAAAUGAAAAUUGAAAGGACUAAAGUGAAAAAAUCCUCUAGUGAGGUACCCUUAGACUGCAAAAACCUCAUUCUAAAACUUAAGGGGUGCACCAGGGCCGAGUUCUUGUUGGAACUUCAAAAGAUCGAGACCUGGACCUAUGGGAAGUGUGAACUGUACCACUGGAUUGAUAUUCUUGAUCUGUGUGAUGAUAUUCUAGAAGAUGCAACCAGACGAGAACAGGGGUCAUGGGUUUUGGGUUGUGACCAGCCCAGUGAGGAAGCCGGUCGUCUGAAGGAACUAGUUUUAUGGACACUUCACUUCACAACUCUGCUGAUAGAACACAGUUUCUCCAGGCACCUCUACUCAUCCAUGGAACACUUGUCCAUGCUCCUCUCCUCCUUCGACCUGGACGUGGUGUUGGAAGUCCUCAACCUGCUCUACAUGUUCAGUAAACGGAGUAAUUUUAUCUCAAGAUUGUCCCCAGAUAAACGCCAACUUCUCCUCAACAGAUUAUCCCACCUGGCUGCUAGCUGGGGUGGCAAGGAUAAUGGGUUUGGAUUAUCUAAAUGUUGUUCUGAUGAUCCCAUCUCAUCCUUCCCUCCCAGUGCCACUACACUCCACUUCGAAUUUUAUGCAGAGGUUGGAGUAGACCAAGGGAAGAAAACCUCACAGUCUAGUGUUGUUACUGUAAUACACAUGGAGAAAUUAGACCAGAUGAACAAGACUCCAGCUGGUAUAAUGGAGGAGUUACUCAAACAGUAUAAUGUUCCGGAAGAGAAACAAAUGCUUUUGUUUACAUACGUCAGGUUGGCACAUGGGUUCUCCAGCUAUGCAACCAGAUUAAAGAGUGUACAAGCCAGACUGCAAGCUUUAUCAGUUCUAAUAUACAGUAAUCAGCUAACUGAUUCUAUACAGGGUUUGUUGUACUCUGGUCUGCUAGAGGAGCUGGUGGAUGUCCUGGAGAUGAAAGGAGAUCAUCUCAUGGAGAUCAAGGCUGCGGCAUUGAAAUCUCUGACCUCUAUAAUCCACCUGGACCGGAACCCAAGUUUUCCUAAACUCAACACCAUCAUUGAUGUGACCGGAGCCGCAAACUUUCAUGGAUUCCUGCCCGUCAUGGUGAGGAACUGUAUUACAAGCCUCACCUCCACCACUCCCUCCUCUGCACCCUUCCCUCAACCCCUCGCCACCGCCCUCUUCUCCUUCCUCUACCACCUGGCUAGCUACGAGGCCGGGGGCGAGGCCCUCGUCUCCUGCGGGAUGAUGGAGAGUCUCCUCAAGGUGAUACAGUGGCCAAGCAGUGAGCUCGAGCAUAUUACUUUCGUGACUCGAGCAGUGCGAGUUAUUGAUCUGAUAACAAAUCUUGAUAUGGCAAGCUUUCAAACGCAUCAAGGUUUAAAUACGUUUAUCAACCGUCUCCACCUCGAAGUAGAACAUUGUAGAAAGCAUCAACCCUUUCAAAUACAGGUAGACUCGUGGACUAGUAGGCUUGAAGACCAGUGCAUCAUUGAGAGGUCGGACAGUAUGGAUGUUGAUGUUGACCCUAGCCAUGUUCCUGUCGACCUCGAGGCUCCCCUGGAUGCUCCGAGGCCCGGGUUGACCUGCCUUCCUCAGCGCGCUGCGCUCCUCAAGUCAAUGCUGAACUUCUUGAAGAAAGCCAUUCAAGAUCCAGCAUUUAGUGAUUCUAUUCGUCACGUGAUGGAAGGAAGUUUACCGAACAGUCUUAAGCACGUCAUCAGUAAUGCUGAAUAUUAUGGACCCAGUCUAUUCCUGCUCGCUACCGAUGUGGUCACCGCAUACGUGUUCCAGGAACCAUCUCUUCUAUCCUCUCUACAGGACAAAGGACUUACAGAUGUUGUUCUCAACGCACUUCUAGUCAAAGAAGUUCCAGCCACCAGAGAGGUCCUUGCCUCCUUGCCCAAUGUGUUCAGUGCUCUCUGCCUGAAUACCCGAGGCCUUGAAGCAUUUGUAGCCUGCAAACCAUUCGAACGAUUGUUUAAGGUUUUAUUAUCUCCUGAUUAUCUGCCUGCCAUGAGAAGACGGAGGUCAGCUGACCCCCUGGGAGAUACGGCCUCUAACCUCGGGAACGCAAUGGAUGAACUGAUGCGACAUCAGCCAAGUCUCAAACAGGCAGCAACCACUGCAAUUAUUAAGCUUCUUGAACAAGUCUGCUCACUUGGACGUGAUCCUAAAUACGUUUGUUGGAAAACCUCUGGGAAAGGCGAGGUGGUGCCAAGCGUCGGUGUUGAGGCUAGAGGAGCUAGCGGUGGAGGUGGAGGAGAGGCAAGCAGUGAUGAAGAAGAGGAGGAGGAAGAGGAUCCAGGAGUGCAGAGGGAGGAGACUAGCAACCUUGAGACUCCAGUGCCGACAGAGACCAGUGCUGAAGGAUUAGAGAAGGAGCCGGUGCCUCUGGUGGACUAUGUCCUAAACGUCAUGAAGUUUGUGGACGCUAUCCUCUCCAACAACAGUACAGACGACCACUGUCGGGAGUUUGUGACUCAACAAGGACUUGUUCCCCUCAUGGGUAUCCUUGGACUGCCAAACCUUCCAGUAGACUUCCCGGCCCAACCCGCCUGCCAGUCUGUUGCAGCAGUCUGUAAAUCAAUCUUAAAUCUAGCACAUGAACCUCAAGUUCUAAAACAAGGACUUCUUCAUCUGAACGAGGUACUCAAGAGCCUCGAACCGCUUCACGUCCCUGUGGAAGCUCCUGGAAGCUCAGUUUUGCUCCGUGAACUUGUAACAUCUCCCAAUCUAUCCGAAGCGAUCAACAAUCCUGCUGCUACCCCUCUCCUUCAUCAUAUGUCUGCUGCACAUGCUUACAUUACUAUGUUUGUUCAUGUAUGCAGAACAGGACAAGCGGAUAUCCGAACCAUCUCUGUAUCCCACUGGGGCAGUGAGCUGGGGUUACAGGUUCUGGGUUCUCUAUCAAAGUUGUAUACCAGCCUAGUAUGGGAGAGCACUGUUCUCCUGGCACUGUGUAGUGAAGACACUCUUCCCCCUGACAGCUUGUUUGGUAAGGAGGAUAUGGAGAAACUUCUUCCGCAGGAGAAUCCUAGUUCUCCUGCCAGCGGGUCUAGUCUAGACAGUGGCAGCGGUGUAACAACAGCAAUGGAACAGCUAACAACCGACAGUACUGACAGCGUCAUGGAUACUGGUGCGGUUGAGUCGGAAACUAAAGACAAGAAACCAAAUCCCCAGCUUCAAAGUCAGAUCAAACAGAUUAAACCUUUGUUAUCUGGAUCUAGUAGACUAGGAAGAGCACUAGCAGAACUGUUCGGUCUCCUUGUUAAGCUAUGUGUUGGCAGUCCAUUGAGACAAAGGCGUGGUCAACAGGUCCCACCUGCACCCGCUAUGCCCUCCCUGCCGGCGAGGGCGGUAGCAACAGCUUUGACCAAACUUCUUGCCUCAGGUCUCUCAUGGCAACCUCCUCCCACUUCUCCUCUGCCUAAGUUCAGAUUGACUUUUUUCAUCUGUUCUGUCGGGUUCACGUCACCCAUGCUCUUCGACGAAAAGAAGUUUCCCUAUCAUCUCAUGCUUCACCAGUUUAUAUCAGGGAACGGUCAGAAGUCUUUCUUUGAUGCUUUUAAUUGGGCGAUCACUCUUGGAAACACCUGCGCUCCUGAGGAGGGUUUAGAGAACCCCAACCUGCCAGAGGGAACAGGAGAGUUCCUUGACGCCUGGCUGAUGCUCCUGGAGAAGAUGGUCAACCCUAAGAAUGUUUUAGAGUCCCCACAUCUCCUCCCGGUAAAACCGGUAUCAAACUUCAAACCCUUCGAUAUCCUCGGAUACCUGAUUAAAACCCACAAGACCGCGUUCCAGUCCGUCAUGCACAUCUGGGGGAAGAAGCCCCUGGCUGUAUACGGAGGACGGAUGGCUGAAUCUGUCCUAGCAAUCCUCUGCCACAUCUUGAAGGGAGAACAAUUGAUCAAGGAGAGGUUGGAGAAAGAGAAACCUGAGCAGAAGGAUGAAGCUGAGAAGAAAGCAGGAGGAGCAGGAGGUGCAGCAGGAUCAGCUCUAGGAAUAGAUCAGACCUGGGAGACCAGUACUCCGGCGGAACCUGAUAUCAACCCGGAGCAUCUCCAAACCCUCAUGGAUAUGGGAUUCCCCAGAGAAAGAUGUGUGGAAGCUAUCCAGACAGUUGGUGGUAGCCUAGAUGCAGCUACUGAAUAUUUACUCAGUAAUCCUAUACCUCUCAUCCAACAACCUGCACCUACACAACAGGAUGAUUUGAUGCGAGCUAUUGCUAUGUCUCUUGGUGAGAAUAUGACUGGAGAAGCAGCAGAAAAGCCCCAGGAAAUGGUUGGUUUGGUUGAAGUGACUCAGAUUGCAUUGAACAAAGCAGACUUGAAGCUUCAAAGCAGCUCCGAACCUCAAGAGUGCGGAAGCACCUCUGCAGAUGGAGCAGACAGCUCUAAGGAAGCAGCUGGGAAAGUGCAUCCCCCAACGCCCAAGUGGAUAACUCCAAUGCUGCUGUUUAUUGACCUGUACGAAAAGGUUGUCCUAUCGAUGAAGCGACGAAGUGGAAUGCGACCUCUAGUGAGUAAUAUCUGGAAAUGGUUUGAUAUCUCUACAGGCAAAUGGUGUGGAUACGGUCCACCACAGAAUAAGAUUAUAGAUGAUGCAUUCUGGGCUGGAGAGACGAAUGCAAAGAUAACAAGUGGACGAAGACGAUAUGUAAUCCAGUUUGGAUCUAUGGUACAGAGUAAUGAGGAGUCAGGGAACAAGAGACCCGUUAUGCUCUGUUUAAAGGAACCCGAAACUGUAACUGUUGAUGCUACACAGACUGUCGGAGAAACUGUUUCUGAAGCUCCUGAAGAGAACAAAGAUCUCGACGAGGGAGAGAUCGAAGAGCGCGAGGGUGAGAAGGCGGAAACUAUGGAGGUGGAGACGGCAGACAAGAAGGACGAAGAGGAAAGUGAACCGGAAUAUAUUUGUACUGGUCUCAGUCAAGAGUCUAGUGUAACCCUCCUCCGCGCCUGCGUCAACAUGAUUGCUGUUCCGGUCGAGCCCGACGCACUCAACGCCAUCAUGCGCCUGAGUUUACGCCUUACACGUGAUUUUGAUUUAGCUGCUAUGUUUGCUGAGCUGGGAGGGAUUAAACUUCUUCUUGGACUUAAACAGACCUCAAGCUUCACUGGAUUCAGUAGCCUGGCCUCACUCCUGGUGAGACACGUCCUGGAGGACAGGGAGACCCUCCGACACACCAUGGAGAAGGUGAUCAGAGCCUCCACGCUCUCCAAUAACGCGGCAACUACAAAAGAGAUUCAUUAUCUGCUGAGAUUCCUGGCUCCUGCAGCCUGUAGGAACCCAGAAAUAUUUACAGAUGUUGGUCGUGAGAUCCUGCGCGUUGAUCUGAGUUUACUGAACAAGCGUGGUGAACCCGAGGAUGACCCACGGCUACUGAUAAAGAGUAUUCCUGCUAAACUGACCAGUGCGGCUCCUCCUCUUCAGGAGGUCAGCAAGAUUGUGAUAUCCGACCUGCUGGAUUUCCUAGUAGUCGCUAACCCAUACGACUCGUCGGCCGAAGCAAUCGACGAUUUAGAACAGAACAAGUCUGAAGGUGACCUGCCAGUGUCAGUUGUUUCUAUCUUAUCUACCCCUGGAGCUGGAUCUGACCAGCCAGCUGGUGAACCUGCGACCUUCCCAGCUACUGAACCUGCUUCCCCCUUCUCUACUCCAACUAUCAGCUCAGAGAAUGCCAAAGCAGAAAAAACAUCUCAGGAAAUCGAUAGAUCGACUAGACCACUGCUGCCCAAAUCUGCUGUCUGUCGGCUCCUCGCAGAGAUGGUUAAGAGCUACGCCGGAUGCGCCAGAUUGAUAACUGAUCAUCAAUUUACUGCGGGUAUGUCGGAGCUAGUUAAAGAGGAUUGUUCAGCCAUGUCUUUCAUUCUAGACGAGUUGUUAACUCUGGCUUCGGACAAGGAUUGUUCAAAUCUUGUUAAAAUGUUGGUGGCAGCGAUUUCUAGCUGUAAUCACGCCCCUGAGGCGCAGACCAGUAUAGUUACAGAAAUGAAAAACGCGCUAAUGCGCUCGCUGGCGCUACCUGAGUGCACAGCUAAACAUAACAAAAUACAGGCGCUCACAGGUUUGAUUUCUACCAUGAUAGAAUCCUGUCCCCAGAGCACGGGCUCCGUCCUGCCCCCUUUCAAGCAGGUUUCAGUCAACAUGAACAAUAUUGUCAAGUGUAUGCUGAAGAAGGGACUGAUCACUGAUCUGGCGAGGGUACCUCAUGCACUAGAUCUCUCGUCCCCUGGAAUGGCCGCGACGAUUAACGCCGCCAUGAAACCUCUAGAAACCCUGUCAAAGAUUGUGAAUCAACCUAACAGUUUACCAGUUUCUAAACUGCACAAAACUAAACCUGAAUCCCAGGAUACAAGGACCAGGGGCCACACUCACACUACAAACUCAGAGGCUACCCGUGCAGAGGGAGAGGAGGAUGUAGGAGGAAAUGAGAAUGAAGCAACUGAGCACGAUGUUAGUACAGCAGCUUCAGCUGACCCUAACAGCGAGUCAGGACUUUUGCACACCGUUGAGGAGGCUGACACUGAAGAGUUUGAGGAGAUGAUGGACCAGCUUCUAGAUAGAGAUUCAGCAGAGUCAAGGAUACUUACAGAGGUUGCAACUAUCUCCAUCCCAGACAGGACAAUGGAGACAGAGGAUCUUAAUGAUGAGACUGUAGAGGACAGGAGAGAUGCUGAGGAUACAGAAGUUAUCAGCGAGGUGAUCAGUGAUUCAGACAGUUCGCACAGUCAGGAUACGGAUGGUAGUGGUGGUGAUGAAGAGGAUGAAAUGGAAGAUGGAGAAGAUGAAGGGGAGGAUGAAGAUGACGAUGAUGAUGAAGAUGGUGGAAGUGAGAAUGAUGACUAUGAACAGGAUGACAGUGAUUUCCAUGAGCUUGAUGAUGCAGCAUUCUUCAGGGUUCCUUCUAACCUUGAUAGAGAUUUCGAUCCAGUUAUGAUGAUUGGUCUCAAUGACCAAUAUGGUCUUGGUGAUGAUAGGGUGACUUUGCCCCUCUGGGGUGCUGAUGGUAAUGAACCCAAUGGUGUUGGAGAAGCAGCAGGAACUGGUGGAGCUGCCAAUCAUGUUACUCCCAACCAUCCUCUGCUGAUGGGUAGGACUGGAGCUGAUGCCCAACCUGGAACCAGUCGGAGCCAGAAUAGAACUUUACAGAGGAACCGAGGUUUCAGAUACAUUCAGCUUAACCCAAGGAAUGGAGGUCCUCCUCCGGGAACCCCAGCCAUCCUUCAAUCCCUCCUGGGUCCAUCCUCUGCCAGGGAUUUCCUCACAUUCACUGGAAAUGCCCCUGGGAAUGGGCUACGUGAUGCUAGGGUAGUAGUUAUGGAUUCAGCAUUUGCAAUAUUUGAUGGACUUGAUGAUGAGAUGCCCGGCGUAGAAAGUGGGCUACUAGGAGGUGCCAACACAUCUCUGAGUACUGUUCCAAAUGCUCUUGUGCGAUGGACAGAAGAAAGCCGGGUAUUGGAUGGAGAUUCAGUACAUGACUGUGUUACUGCAAUUAAGCCUAGCCUGCUUGAGGUCAUAAUGAAGUUCAGGGAGGAAGAAUUUGCAGAAAGAAGAGAAAAGAAGAAAAAGUUAUUGGCAGAAGAGGAAGAGGCACGGAAAAAGAAAGAAGAGGAAAAGAAAGCAAAGGAGCCUGAAGCUUCCACAACUCCAGCUCCUGAAUCAGCUGGACUUAUUUCUGGAGCUGAUGAGAUGGAUGUAGUAGUGAGUGAGAACUCAGCCAUCAGCACAGCUGUCAGCAGUAUGACAGCUGGAGAACUGGGAUCACGAAAUAGUUUAACAGAUACAGUCUCCAGGCUAACAGAAGAUUUUGCAAAUGCUAUCAGCAGCAGAGUGACAGGGAUACCAGGCCUGGUUCCAGUCCCUGGACCAUCUGUAACAAUAGGAGAAGUUCAACCUGGUUUUCAGACUAGUCUUCUUUCAACCCUUUCUGAGCUGUUACCAAGUGGUGCAAGCUCAACUCCAUCCACUGCUGUUGAUACAAGCACAUUAAACUCUGUUCUUCAAACCUUGGCAAAUUAUUCUUCAGGGGCCCCUCCUUUCGAUGUUAGUACUCCAAAUGAGGCAACUCCACCCCCAACCUUCCAGUUUUCUACUCCACCUCCAGCAUUCAACCCUCUGAGGUUCAACCCCCCACCCUUAUCACCUAUAUCAGAAGGAGCUAGUUCUGCUCCUCUUCCAGAUGCUUUAGGUCCUCUUUCCCCCUCACCUGAUCAUGAGACCCAAGAGAACCUUGAGAACCAGGAUAUAUCAAUGCGGGCUGAUGCAGAAUCAGAGACUGGGAACAGAUCUCAAGAAGAAAGUACAGCUCAAGCUGAGGAGAAUAAAGAGACUGAAGAUGGAGUUGCAGAAGCUGGGCCAUCUGGAGCGUCAGCUCCAGCUGAAAGAUCUGGUAUAGAUUUCUCAGAGAUUCUUGGUGAUAUUGAAAUUCCAGAAGGAGUUGAUCCUUCUUUCUUGGCUGCCUUGCCAGAGGAUAUGAGACAAGAAGUAUUGGAGGAACAGCGGAGGCUUCUUAGAGCUAGGCAGGCACCUCCACCCCCACCCACUCUACAGACACAAGGUGUGGCUGAGGUCAAUGCAGAGUUUCUUGCUGCCUUACCCCCCAACAUUCAAGAAGAGGUACUUGCCCAGCAAAGAUUAGAACAGCAAAGACAGUCGGCAGCUCAGGUUGAUCCUACAGCUCCUGUUGAUCCUGGAGAAUUUUUACAAACCCUGCCUCCUUCUCUUAGACAAUCUUUGUUAGCAGAAAUGGAAGAAAGCCAAAUAUCCGCUCUCCCAGCUGAGAUUGCUGCAGAAGCACAAACUUUAAGAAGAGACUUUGAACAAAGGAAUAGAGCCAUGAUGCAUGAACGCUUCUUCAGUCAUGUAAAUCAUCCUGCAGCCACACUUUCCAGUAUUUUGAGGAAUACCGUAAACCGUAUGGGAGGUUACACUGUGCAUUCAAGCACUGGUGGACCAGGUCGAAGUGUCUGGUCCAGAUCUAUAGGACGUGGUGGUCCUAGCCAUCAACAUAGUGCUGCCCUAAUUGCAGCCCAGACCAGUGCAAAGUUUAAAGGCAGACAACUACUGGAUCAUGAAGCUCUGUCAUGUAUUCUUAUUCUUCUCUUUAUAGAUGAUGCAAAGCUAAACACAACGAGAUUACACAGAAUACUUAGGAACCUCUGCUACCAUGCUCCCACCAGAGACUGGGUUAUCAAGUGUCUUCUCUCAAUCCUGGAGAAAGCUAACUGUUGCACAGAUAGCUCCUCAGCUUUAACUGCAGAUCCUCUUCAACCCGGAGCAAGUCCCACUCCCGCUAAGCUGAAGAAGUCCACAAGUAAGGGAGGCUCUACACCAGGAGAACAUGUUCGAGGUUCUAGUCAAACAUCAUGGCUAAAUAUAUCUAUGGAUGCUGCCCUAGGCUUCAGGGCAAAUGUAUUUCAAGUCCAAAGACCCAGUUCCACAGGAGGAGGGAAAAGGUCGUCAAAUGUGAUCAAUAUUGCAAAUAUUAACAUACAUCCUCAGGCUGCCCAGGUGGUGUGCAAAAACACCCUUGAAGUUUUAAUUUCCCUUGCAAAAAGCUUCUCUAUCCACUUUCUCCCAUCACAGAGCAAGGAAAAGGAUGCCGGUGAGGGCACAAGUGAAACUAAAAAGACCAAAUUGCCAGAAUUUUGGGAGACCCUGUUGAAACUAGAUAAAGAGUGUUGGACCAGCAGAAAAGGAAAAUCUGUUGUCCGUAGUCAUUCCUCAGUUGGAAUCAAGAGUGAAGAUGAUGAUAGUUUCAGCGCUAGCUCAUCAGUAUCAGCAUUUGGCCAACUGCUUGGUAUGCUGGCAUCCCCGGUUAUUAAACGCUCCUCCCUUCUUACAGAUAAACUACUCAGACUUCUCUCUCUCAUCUCUUUGGGUCAACCAGAGGUGGUGAAACGACAUGAGGAGCCUGAUACUCUCUCAUCCUUGGAGCAGGUCCAAGGCUUUGAUAGAACUGUCAGAGAAGAUCAAAUCAAAUUGGCUGUGGAAGUUUUAACUAGCAAAGCGUGCAGUGAGGAAGGAUUGGAAGAUGUUACUGCACUUCUGCUCAAUCUAUCCUAUGUAGGAACCCAAACCCGCGAGUCUAUUCUUCAUCUCCUAUUGGCUGGAGCUCGAGAAUUGGGGAAUGUAGUUCGGGAUCAUGUGUCCGUGCUUCUCAAUGAACUAGCAGAUCUCAAAUCAUCUGGUAACCUUGUGGUUGGAAUCAAAGAGGAAGAAGAUGAAUCAAAGCAUAAAGGAGUUCUAGCAGAUAGGUUUACUCGUGAAGCAAUUGUGCUGACAGCUCCAACCAAACCCAAGGCAGGAGCUGAGCUUCAACUCUCCUCCAUGUCAGCACUCACCAACAAAACCUCCAGUCAGUCUUUUUUCCUUCGGGUGCUCAAGGUCAUCAUUCAGUUGAGAGAAGCAGCGCUGCAUGCCAUGAAGAAAAGUUUGAAGGCGAAGAAGGACGCUGAAGCGUUUGCUGCAGCUAAGAAAGCUGCUGCAGCUGCAUUUGCUCUGACUGGUCCCCAGCUUCCAGCUGAAAACCCGGAAGCUACACCAGACUCUGGCAACAUUCCUUCAGAGUCAACAGAGACUCCUAUUGACUCCGCUGAGGUACCUGCUGACAAAGCUGAUGUGCCUACUGUAACAACUGACACUCCUACUGAAGUUGGUGAAGAAGAGGAUACCAAGAUGGAAGUUGAACCUAGUGAGCCGACUCAAUCAGAGGAGCAAACUAAACCGAAGGAUGACGAUGAAGGCCACCUGGAGUCCCUGUCCGACCAGCUGGCCUUGUCCAUGCUGUGGGAGACUCUGUCCGCCUGCCUACGUGAACUGGCGGAUACCCCAGACCAUCAUGCUGUCCUGGUCCUUCAGCCCACUGUAGAGGCCUUCUUCCUGGUCCACGCUGCGGCUACAACCAAUCAGGAGAAGAAGAAAACAAAUCAGAAGGAAACUAGACAGGAACAAUUGGCGCAUAUACAGGAGGAAAAGCUAACAGAUGACAGUGUUGGAUCAACUACCGUAGUUGCUCCCUUAUCCCCUGACACCAAGAAGUUCCUUGCCUUUGCAGAGACACACAGAACUGUUCUAAACCAGAUUCUUAGACAGUCCACCACACACCUAGCAGAUGGACCAUUCGCAGUACUGGUUGACCAUACUCGAGUUCUAGAUUUUGAUAUAAAAAGAAGAUACUUUAGAACAGAACUGGAAAGAUUAGAUGAAGGAAUGCGACGAGAGGAUCUAGCAGUCCAUGUAAGACGAGAAGCUGUAUUUGAGGAGAGUUUUAGAGAGUUGCAUAGAAGAUCAGCGGAGGAAUGGAAAAACAGAUUUUAUAUUGUAUUUGAAGGAGAGGAGGGACAGGAUGCCGGUGGUCUACUUCGUGAAUGGUACAUGAUUAUAUCCCGGGAGAUCUUUAACCCCAACUACGCCCUGUUCAAGUCCAGUCCUGGAGACAGGGUGACCUACACCAUCAACGACUUCUCCCACAUAAACUCCAACCACCUCGACUACUUUAAGUUCGUCGGCAGAGUUAUCGCCAAGGCUAUCUAUGACAACAAGCUGUUAGAGUGCUAUUUCACCAGAAGCUUCUACAAACAUAUUCUAGCUAAACCUGUUAGUCAUCAGGAUAUGGAAAGUGAGGACUAUGAGUUCUAUAAAGGACUAGAUUUCCUGCUGGAGAACAAGGUGUCCGACCUCGGAUACGAUCUCACCUUUGCAACCGAGAUCCAGGAGUUCGGGGUCACGGAGGUCAGGGACCUCAUUCCUAACGGCAGGAAUAUAACGGUGACCGAGGAGAAUAAGAAUGAUUAUGUCCGUCUGGUUUGUCAGAUGAAGAUGACAGGAGCCAUCAGGAAGCAGUUGGGGGCUUUCCUCGAGGGGUUCUACGAUAUUAUCCCUAGGAGAUUAAUCUCGAUCUUUAAUGAACAGGAGUUGGAACUCCUUCUAUCAGGGUUACCAGACAUAAAUAUCGAUGAUUUGAAGGGAAAUACAGAAUAUCACAAGUAUACGGCCACUAGUCUCCAAAUAGUAUGGUUCUGGAGAGCUUUGAGAUCCUUUGAUCAGACGGAUCGAGCCAAGUUCCUACAGUUUGUUACAGGAUCUAGCAAAGUUCCGCUUCAGGGUUUUGGAGCUUUGGAGGGAAUGAACGGAUCCCAGAAGUUCCAAAUCCAUCGAGAUGAUAGAUCCACAGAUAGAUUACCCGCAGCUCAUACUUGCUUUAAUCAGCUAGAUCUACCAGCAUACGAGACCUACGAUAAACUGAGAAACUAUCUACUGAAGGCAAUACAGGAGUGCUCGGAGGGGUUCGGGUUCGCAUAGUCCUCACUCGACCCCCCCCCCAUCAUACAAUCUGGAAAUGUUUAAAUGCUUUGCUUUUCUUUCCUCGUUCCUGUUGGAGUUAAACGGUAGUCUACGGUUAAAUUAUUGUAAAUUCAAGAUUAGUUUUUAGAAAACACGACAUUUUCUUUUCCGGUCAAUAUUAUACAGUGUUAAGUAAUAUAUAUUAUUUCUAAUAAAAGAUAUUAAUUAUA